CAUAUCACAACAUACUCUGCACACCACACCAGGGUUACAAUGGCCGGUGUCGAGUUACCACAGACACUGCUGUAUCUCACUGGUGCCUCCGGCCAAACAAGAUGUAGUUUGAAAGACUCUGCAGGUUUGUCUGUCUUUGUCUCUGUCGUGCGAUGGGCAGCUAUAGCUCAGCCCUCAUUCCCGACACAGAGGAGUUUGAAUCGAUCGUGUCGAUCGCAGAGAAGCUGAACGAGCGGGUCGCUUAUGGUACAGAUGAGAGGUUACAGUCAGAGCUUCAGACCCUGGUGACACUCAUGAUGGAGGAAGAGAGCAAAGAGAGCAAAAACCACGAGCCAGACUCUGCAACACUUCAAGAAAACUCUCAGGAAACAAGUCCAGAAGGAUGUGCCCUGCCUGCAGCAGCAGCCAAAAGUGAGCCCAGACAGUCGUUCUCCUCUCUGCUGCCGAAGGCUCUCUCAGCUGUCUUAAACACAAAGGUGACCCAGAGCCUCAACUCUAAUCCCCAGCCCAGCAGAGAUGCAGGAAAACCCACAUCCCCAAACCUGGAGCAGCUGCAGACGGAGCUGAGAGACCUGAGGGACCAGUUUGACCAGAUGAAGAGUCAGCAUAACAAAGAAAUCAAACUGCUGAUGAACGAGCUGGAUGAGGAGAAAAGGAUCCGCUUGACUUUGCAGAUGGAGAUUCAACGUCUGAAGAAGCACAUGUCUAAAUAGGUGGUACAGAGACAACAGAGACAAAAGAUCCUGAUUUGACAAGUUUAAAGCUGUUGUACAUUUAUCUGAUAAACUUUAUUUUUAUAAUUUUUGAAUCACAGUCUCUCUUUCUUUUGGAAGACAAAAUUGACUUAGUUUGUUACUUUAUUUAUUUUUUAGCUAGACUCUUGGUUGGUCAGGCCAACAGGACUGCAUGUUUUUAGUAUGUUUAAUGUGAAACAUGUGAGGCACAGAAGGAGCUCAACAAAGGUGUAAAGGAACUGUCUCUUAAAUAACUCUGUCAGUUUCUAGGACCUCGU